AAAACCCUAAAAUCCAUAUUUUUCUGAGGAAACAACCGUACGAGGAGCCUGAGAGGGCGUAGAGUUUGAUACCGCGGGCGUGCCAGGCUUUAUUUCCCUGGGUAAACGGUUGUAUCAGGCUUUAGGGUUUAAAAACUGCAAAAGCCGUGAAUGGUUUCCGCUUCACUCAGUGCGGCUAGCGUUUUGAGACUCUCUAUCCGUUGUUUGGGAACAUCACUUAGGUUUCGGAUUCCCAUUUAACGCUUUCUAUUUUCACAAGCUACAACUAUCCAGGUCGAUCUUGUAGCUGUUCUCUCUUUGCAUUUCUCAGUAUCUGCUCAUUUCAUAUGUGAUUAGUUGAGUCAUUGAUUUCUCUUCUAAUGGAUUGGGUUCUAGGGUUUUUCUACCUUAUGUGAUGUGUGUUAUGCCUUCUUAUUUGAGGUUGAUAAGUUGAACUCUUUGUAUUUAUUUGGUCGGAGAGUUGAAGUUCAUGCUUUGUUUUCAAAAAAUUUGAUCGUUUUAUGAUUUGCUAUGAUCAAUAAAUUCUAAAUUUGCUUAUAAAAAAAAUCUAGGGGGUUCUUCUGUUUGCUAUGAUUGAAUGGUUUCAAUUGAAAAGCUUGAAGAUUGCGCUUUUUUUUUAUGAUGAGAUAUUUUGAUUCCUUAUGUAUCGGAUAAAUUUUGGUUUUUGAAUCUUAAUUUGAACUUCUGGACUAAAAAAAAGUCUCUUUUAUGUCCUUAUCUUUUUUAUGAUUAAUCAAUGAGAUUUUUCCCUUUUUUUGUAGGAUGAAAUCUACUGUUUUUCUUUCAUGUUGAAUCCCCCGAUUUUUCCACAAUCAUUUUCUAAUUAGUUGAUUUCGAAGAUUUUUACUUUGUUUUUUCUCCUAAGAUGAAUUCUAGGGCUUCUCUUAUCAAGUUGAAUCAUAGGGCUUUCCUUAUCCAGUCAGCCUCCAUAUCCAACCUUAAAGUUGUCUGGCGCAAAGACCCUCGCCUCGACAAUGUAAUUGAGCAUGACAAACUCUGGUACCUUUGCUCAAAAGUCGUCAAAGAAGUGCUCUAUGAACCCAACCAUGUUAUCCCCCUUAGAUACUUAGAGAAACGUAGAGAGCGCCUUCGUCUCCCCAUCAAAGUAACUACCUUUCUCGAUCGCCACCCUGGUCUCUUUGAAACCUACUUGGAUAAAAUAAAACCCAAAACCCAACCAGUCCCCUUCCUUCGAUUCUCUGAUAGGCUCCAAGCUUUCCUUGAUGAAAAGAAAAGGAUCGAAGAAGCCAAUGAACCUCUGUUGGUGGCGAAAUUGUGCAAGCUUCUCAUGAUGUCAAAAGAUAAAGUUAUCAGUGCUGAUAAGUUAGUACAUGUCAAGAGAGAAUUCGGGUUCCCUGAUGAUUUCUUGUGUAAUUUGGGGUCCAGAUACCCUGAGUAUUUUCGGUUAGUGGGUUGUUUUGGAGAGGAAAAAUCAUUUAUAGAGUUGGUUUCUUGGAACCCUGAUUUUGCCCAAUCUGUUGUAGAAUUAAGAGCAAAGGAGGAGUCUGAAUUAACAGGGAUUAGGAUGCGACCUUCGUUUAAUGUGAAGCUCCCCCGUGGUUUUUACCUAAAGAAGGAAAUGAGGGAGUGGAUUAGGGAUUGGAUGGAGCUUCCUUACAUUUCCCCUUAUUCUGAUGCGACCCAUUUGGACCAAGCCUCCCGAGAGAUGGAGAAAAGAACAGUUGGGGUUUUCCAUGAACUUCUCUCUCUUUCAAUUCUGAAAAGAAUUGCUGUUCCCAUAUUGGGCAAGUUUAGCGAGGAGUAUAGGUUCUCAAAUGCAUUUCCUAACCUAUUCAUGAGGCAUUCAGGAAUCUUUUAUGUCUCUCUAAAAGGGGGGAUCAAGACAGCUGUGCUGAGAGAAGCCUAUAACGAGGAUAAGCUGAUAGAUAAGGAUCCAUUACAUGCUAUAAAGGAUAAGUUUGUUGAAUUGUUGGAAGAGGGGCACAGAGAGAGAAAGGAGAGAGAAAGGUUGAAAAGGGAAGCUGUUCAACGGGAGAUGGCGGAGGCAGCUGCAAGGAAUAGUAAUGUUGCAUAACAUGGUUGCGAAAAUGAACCACUUUUAGCGGCUAAUACCUUUCAAGCUUCUAAUGAUGUCAAAAGAGAAAGUCAUCAAUGCUGAUAAAUUAGUACAUGUCACAAGAGAAUUUAGAUACCCUGAUGAUUUCUUGUGUACUAUAGCAUCCAGAUACCUUGAAUAUUUUUGGCUGGUGGGUCGUCUUGGAGAGGGGGAGUCAUUUCUAGAACUGUUUUCUUGGAACCGAGAUUUUACCCAAUUAGACAUAGAAGUAAGAGCAAAGGAAUAGUCUAAAUUAACAGGAAUUGGAGAGAGAUCCUUCAUGUCCAAAUAAAUGGUGGAUCAAUAAAUGGUGGAAGAUGGAUUAUUUGCUUGUUUUGGCAGCAUCUGAAAGCUGCAUCUUUAGCAGGGGGAACUAAUGGCAGCAAAAUACUCGGCUCAUCUCUGUGAUAUUACCUCCCAUUUUCCUCUUGUCAUUCAGCCUGUGUUACUCCAUGUGGGGUGUUGGGUGGCAGACAAAGAUGGAGAACCCAUGCAGACAAAGAUGGAGAACCCAUAUAUCCAUAAAUUUCUUGUAGAUCUUGAUGGUGCCCUUAUUGGAUGAAUGAGGUUUAAACAAUUUGAGGAAUAAUAUGUGAAGCUACCACUCGAAUAGAGGGUUAUUGGUGAGUUGAUGAAUUGCUUAGAAAAAUCUAUAGGCAAGGAUUGAUUCAUUCUUCAGAAAAUUAAUCAUGCUAUUUGAUUAGUGGAGUGGAAGGAAGCCUUUGAUCCCAAUAAUCCUGCGAAUUACGGUGCGAUCCAGGUUGAAUGAUGACCUCCAGAUGAUCCCUUAACACUUGCUGGUUUAGAUAAACAGAAGCAAAUGCUUCAAGGUGACAAUAAAGAAGAAGAACAAUUGAAAUUUGGGCAAUUGAAAUUUGAUGAAUCAAAGAACAAGGAUGAGAUUUUAGCAGAGAAGGUGAAUGCUGUUGACAAGAAACUCGAGGAGAAACUUCAGGAAUCGAAAAUUACCUUAAAAAAGAAGGGCAACAUCCUAAGGAUGAGAUAAGAGACAUUGCGGAUGACAGGAGUACAUUGCUUGAGAAGAAAAGGCCUCUAUCCAGGGAAAACUAAACCCAACAAAAUCGAGAUCAGGCAUUUUUCGCAGGUUCAAGCGGUGGCAAAGGUCAAAAGAAGUCAGAUGAGAGAGCAGAAGCUCUCAGAGAUGAUCGAGAAGGAAGAUUACUGACGCGAAAGAAGUUUGCGAAGGUAAUCUAACCUCUGAUGAGUGCAAAGUGGCUUGGGAUGAAUGGAAGAAGUGAGCCAAGCCAAAGCUGAUCUUCGCCUGAAAAUGGAGAAGAAAGACCCUUUAGAGUCCUUUUGUCAAGAGAUUCCAGAGAUUGAGUGCCAGAUUUACUACUGAAUAUUUCCGACCAUAUUGCCGGGCACGCGUUUGCCAGAUUCUUGUGGAUUCAAGGUUUUUGGGCGAUCUUUUGGCCGGAAUUUGUGUAUGCUAUUUCCAGGGUUGUAAAUUUUAAUCCGGAUCCAAAUCUGGAUUUGGAUCCUAUGUUUGGAUCCAGAUCCGGAUCUAAAUAUAUAGGACCCAAUUGGAUCUGGAUCUAGUAUUCUUCGGAUCGGAUCUAGGUAGAUCCAGACCUGAUCCAAAAAAUUCUCACCCCAACGUAACCUCGGUACUUGGGGAGGUGGGGAUAAUAUAUAUUUUUUUAAAGGAAUAUUUUUGUUUAGAAA